UGUUUUUAGCCUGAAAGGUUCCCUCCAUUUGUUAUUGGGAUCCGCCUCUUAAAGGGGCGACGUUCGCCUGCCGGUUGCUAUUAUUUGCUUAUCCAACAGAGUGGGAAACCUGCUUCAGUGCUAAGAUGGUGUCUGAGUUGCACGUACCUAGUUUAGUCAUCGCAUGGGUUACCGUAAUUUGCAGGCGUACACACUGGUGUCAAAGUGGUGAAAAUAUACAUGCGUGGUAGGCAGCACUGAAAAUAUAUAGCACUCGAAGGGUUAAGCUUCCUUAUGAAACUGGAUUACAUUCACUGGGAAUUAUGGGUAAGUAUUCCUGUUGCAUAACUGUGGAUCAUAUCGGCUGUGUUCACCCGCUUUCUGUUUGUUUUUCUACGCAUUUUGGAGUGGAAAGAAGGUAGAAUCACUGGGAAAGAGGGCAGAAUCUAAGACGGUCUUGGGUUUUCCUUUGGAAAUUAAGCACAGUUUUGAACGGCCUGUGAACUGACGUCGGUGGACUUCAGCUCAGCUGUUGAGAAUCAGAUUGAGACCCCUUUCCUCUUGCCUGGACGGAGAUAUAUGGACUUGUACAUGAUGAAUUGUGAACUCUUGGCAACGUGCAGUGCCCUAGGCUUCUUGGAAGGAGACACGUACCACCGUGAACCAGACUGUCUCGAGAGUGUGAAGGACCUGAUCCGGUACCUGCGGCACGAGGAUGAGACCCGCGACGUUCGGCAGCAGCUGGGGGCCGGGCAGAUCCUGCAGAACGACCUGCUGCCCAUCAUCACCCAGCACCACCAGGACAAGCCCCUGUUCGACGCCUGCAUCCGGCUAAUGGUCAACCUUACCCAGCCUGCGCUGCUCUGCUUUGGCAAGGUGCCAGAUGACCCGGCUUUCAGACAUCAUUACCUGCAGGUCGUGUCCUACCUGCAGGCCUACAUGGAGGCUUUUGCCAAUGAGAAAGUGUUUGGUGUGCUGAGUGAGACGCUCUACAACCUUCUGCAGCUGGACUGGGAACAGAGACAGGAAGAGGAUAAUCUCCUUAUCGAGCGGAUCCUGCUUCUGGUCAGGAACGUGUUGCAUAUUCCUGCUGACCCUUACGAGGAGAAGAACGUGGACGAUGACGCGAGCAACCACGACAAGCUGCUGUGGGCGGUGCACAUGAGCGGCCUGGACGACCUGUUCAAGUUCCUGGCCAGCGCGCCGAGCGAGCAGCAGUGGAGCCUCCACGUGCUGGAGGUCAUCUCCCUCAUGUUCAGGGACCAGACUCCCGAGCUGCUGGUGAGUGCGGGCCAGGCUCGCACCACGCAGGAGAAGCAGAAAGACGACCAGGAGCUGGGGGCCCUGAGGCAGAAGGAGCUGGCGGCCAAGAGGACCCGCAACCUCCAGAGGGGAACCAGACACUCUCGCUUUGGAGGCUCCUAUGUGGUGCAGGGGCUGAGGUCCAUCGGGGACAAUGAUGUCAUAUACCACAGAGGCCUUCACAAUUUUAAGAACUACUCCCACGACACGGGCAAGGCGGUGCGCCGCGUCCCCAAACGUCAGCUGCGGGCGCGAGACCACGACGGCCAGAGACGCUCCGCCCUCAACGUGCGCCUUUUCCUGCGCGAGUUCUGCAUCGACUUCCUGGAGAACUGCUACAACCGCCUCAUGUACCUGGUCAAGGAGAGGCUGGUUCGGGAGCAGGGGCAGCAGCACGAUGAGACCUACUACCUUUGGGCCCUGAGCUUCUUCAUGGCGUUCAACCGGGGCCACAACUUCCGGCCCGACCUCGUCUCCGAGACCAUGUCCAUCCGCGCCUUCCACUACAUCGAGCGCAACAUCACCAACUACUACGAGAUGAUGCUCACCGACCGCAAGGAGGCCACCUCCUGGUCUCGCAGGAUGCAUCUGGCCCUGAAGGCCUAUCAGGAGCUGCUGCUGACGGUGAACGAGAUGGACCGCUCCCGAGACGAGAACAUCCGCCAGAGCUCCAAUGUCAUCAAGAGCAACAUAUUUUACCUGAUGGAGUACAGGGAGAUCUUCCUGACCUUGCUGCGCAAGUUUGACGAGACCAAGCAGCCGCGCUCCUUCCUGCGGGACCUGGUGGAGUCCACACACCUCUUCCUGCGCAUGCUGGAGCGCUUCUGCCAGGGCCGCCGCAGCCUGGUGGUGCAGAAGAAGAAGACGAAACGCAGGAGGUCUCACGGAAAGAAGAAGCCGCAGGUGGAGCACACACCUGAGCUCCUGGAGGAGACCUGGCAGGCGGUGUCUCAAGAGCUGAGCACCGCUGGGUUUCAGUUGUCGGAGUCGGUGAUGGAGGGCGUGGUGCCGUUCGACGCUACCUCAGACACGCCCCUGGAGGAGCAGCGCACCGAGGCCAUGGUGCGGCUACAGGACGCUCUGCUCGCCCGUCUGGGACCCGAGGCUCUCGGCCUGCUCCGGGCGGCAAGGGAGGUGUGGCCAGAGGGAGACGUGUUUGGGUCAGCUGACGUGGAGCCGGAGGAGGAGCUACAGCUGCUGAAGCAGAUCCUAUUCGCCAACCUUCCCAGGCCGGCUCCCACUGAUCCUGUUGUAGAGGAGGAGGAAGGAGGCGUUGGUGAAUUGGAGGAAGAGGAAGAGAUUGAGUCAGUACGUGUGUCUGAGACAGAGUUCAACUUCCUGGACUACAUCAAGAGGUUCGCCAGCCCGAACAUCGUGCGCCCGUACCUGCUAUUGCUGAAGACGUACUCCCAGAACGGCACGCACACCAACCACUGCAUCGCCCGUAUGCUCCACCGCCUGGCCUUUGACCUCAAGAUGGACGCUCUGCUCUUCCAGCUGUCCGUCUUCUGGCUCCUCAACAAGAUCCUGGGGGACCCUGCGGCCGCAGCCUACAAGGAGCUGGUCACCUUUGCCAGGUUCCUGCUGGGCCGCUUCUUCACCCUGGCGGCAGACAACAGCAAGGCCUUCGUGGAGCUGCUCUUCUGGAAGAACGUGGGGACUGUGCGUGAGAUGACCGAGGGGUACACCAAACCCGGGGAGGGGAACAAAGGAGGAAAAGCCAGCUGGACUCCAGAAGAACAGGAGGAACUCCGGCAGGUCUACGAGGAACACCGCGACUCUGGAGUGCCCGACGUCGUGGAGACCAUCCUGCCGUUGCUUGGCAACACCACACGCACGCGGCGGCAGGUUGUGGCUCAGAUGGUGCACAUGGGUCUCGUGGACAGCGUGAGGGACCUGAAGAAAGAGAGGAAGGGAACUCGCAUUGUUCUCUGGACGGAGGAGCAGGAGAUGGAGUUGGAGACUCUAUUUGAAGAGUACAGGAACUCUGACGAUGUGCUGGGUAACGUGCUGAAGAGGCUGACCGCGAAGCGUUCGCGGGCGCGGGUGGUCGACAAGAUGCUCAGCAUGGGCCUGGUGUCCGACCGGAGGGAGCUGUACAAGAAGAGGCGUCGCAACGCCCCUGGGAAAUCCACCGGCAUGUCUGAAGAGGAUUUCUUCUCAGACAUGACAGCGGGGGCUCAGGGAGAGCGCUCGGACAUAGAAGAGGAUGAGGAGGAGGAGGAUGAGGAUGAGGAGGAAGACGGGUCGGGGAGGAGCGAUGACGAGGAGGGCGAGGAAGAGGAGCGAGGGGCUCGGCAGAAGGGGACCCGUGUCAGGGAGACACCGGCUGAGCGGAACGCCAGUGUGGGGGCCAUAGUGCACGCUCUGCGAGGGGAAGGCAUGGCAGGACCCCUGCUGUGGCUGCAGAACUGCCUGAACAGAACAGCCGAUGAUCGUGAAGAAGAAGGCUUGUCCCAGGCAGUCCCGCUCGUCCCGCUGAUGGAGGAGAACGAGGACGCCAUGGAGACGGCCGGCUUCCAGCGGCUGCUCCGCAAGCUGGGCGUCCGUGCGCCUGCCAACGAGCAGGAGUCCUUCUGGAGAGUUCCGGCGAAGCUGAGCCCGUCCCAGCUGCGGGCGGCAGCCUCCUGGCUGUCCCAGGAUGUGGGAGCAGGGGAGAGGGGAGGGGACGGGGUGCAGGGCAGCCCCGCCGUGGAGCAGGAGGGGGGCAGCGAUGACAUUGAGCAGAGGGCACAGUCCCUGAGAGCACUGCUGCUGGCCCGCAAGAAGAACCAGCCAACAGCAGGCCACACUGAAAGCCACUCAUCUCAGGAUGAUAUGGAGUCCACUUCUGACAGAGACAUGCCCAGCAGAGCUGGAGACCAGGGCAAGGUUGGUGCAAAGAGAAGCAGAGUCCUGGACAGCGAUGAGGAGAGAGAAGACGAUUCAUCGGUGAAAAACGCAGGGUGUGUCGACCCCGAUUCGGACGAGGAGGCGCAGUCCGCCCCCUCCAAGCGCAGACGCCACAGAGCGCUCAUAGACGAGGACGAGGACGAGGACGAAGACUAGAAGAUGUUCACCUGCUGGGGUCCCCAGUUUAAAUGGGGCCAGAGCCGAAGCCCGGGCGGGAGGUGACGCUCAACUCGUCUCCCGAGCGGAGCCCUGGAUCAGCGUUGGCUGUCCUCUCAUAAUGGGGUGGGGUUAGGACGAGACUUUGAGAAGCCGAUCCUGGAUCUGAGGCCGAAAGCGCAGAGACGUGGGAACACGAUUGGCUGCUGACGGAAGAACCAGUGGCAGCAGAUUUGUAGGCAGCCUGUAAAUGAGCAUUUAUUAUAUAUUUCGUUUUUUUUUUUUUAUGUUUCUGUAUAAUCGUGUGUUUUCUGUUAUGGUGCUAGGCUCCUUUAGUGAGGUCCUGGCGUUGUGAUGCCAUUGAGAUGGUUUAAGCCGCAGACGUAAGUCACAGACGCACGCACACAAAUCAUGCGUGUCAAAGGUUCCGAGGUUUGACAGCCAGCAGCCAGUUAUUACGGACACUUACCAGUCUCCAGACUGCGGGAGGACACGGAUUGGCUCUACGAGAGCAGAGUGGCUCAAUCUGUAGUACUCUGUGGAAGUCUCAACGGAGGGACUUCAGUGUGGAUUAGAGUAGAUUCAGAUUUCUACUCUAAUUUGCAAUGUUUCAGGUUUUGUUACUUAGGCUUUUACAAAUGCUUUUACAAAUUACAAAUAGUGUUUACAAAUAUUUUCUUACGAAAUGAUUUCAGAGGACCAGAUAUAGAAAUAUAUGGAAUGUAGGUUUUGGACUGUAUUUUGUUAUGCUUCACAGAACGUGAUUAGGAAACAUUCAGGUGUUGACGGAACAGUACGGUUUCAUGAAACUUGUAAUCAGUGAGCAAAUAAUAAUAAAAUAAUUCUCCCCACAGCCCUUACACAAUAAUUGGAAUAAAUUGGUGUCACAGACUGCUGUGGCCAUGUCUGUUUUGUGAAACCUGAAUCUGACGUUGCUGCUGAUAUUGAUGACAUUUUAACUUGUUCUAGCAUUUUCCCAUUGUUAAAUGUACAUGCUUUGUUGUAUCUUUGGUUUGGAACUCGUUCUUGUUGUUAGGUU